AUGGCGACACAACCCCAGCCCUCCCUCCUACAAUAUGCCCGUUUCCAUGGUAUCGCAGUGCCUGCCAAAGACCCUCUCUCGUACCUGGAAACAAACACCUUCUACUCCUGUCCCAUCGACAAAGCACGCGGCCAGGUAGAAUGGCACCUUGAAACAGAGAAACUCGAGAUCCGUCACUCCGAAGCUGCUCUCCUGUCGAGUAUCAUUCGAAGUAAACCCCUGCACGGCCAGAUGAACUGGAAUGCCCUUUUGCCAUCUGUCCAGCACGAUGACUCCCUCAAGCUGGAUCUGCUUCUCACGGCAGAGGCAGAGUCGGUGCUUUCGGACCCAGUAUCUCGUCUGGGCGAUCGAGAUGUGGGAGCGUUGCUUCCUUCUGCUAUCUCUCCGUCUUAUCCACGGGAGUACCAGGGAAUGAAGGAUACAAUUGAUCAAUGUACGGCGCAGAUGAUGUCUGAGAAGCUUGAUUGCAGCAAAGAUUCUCUCGUCUUGAUACCCAGCGGAAAACGGCUGUCCAAGGGAGAUAUAGACGCGUGUUUUCGGAACAUGAUGUUGCAGAAGCGGGUCAGUAUCUUUCUUCUCUCUCCAUUUGGCAGCUCACUCACUCAUCAGCGGAAUAGCACGACUCAGGCAAAUCAGACAGCGCGGCUCUAG